AUGCCAGGUUACGGUUACCCGGGCGGAUACGGUCCGCCGCAGCAACAGUAUCACGGCAAUUAUUAUCAACCUCCACCCCAGCCAUAUAACGGAUAUCCUCCUGCCCAAGGAGUUCCUCCAGUCCCCUACGGAUACCCACAACAACCGCCACCACCACAACAACAACAACCCCCUCCUCAACCUUACGGAUACAACCAGGGCCCACCGCAACAUGGCGGCUACGGCCAACCUCCGAGUCAAUACGGUAGACCUGCACUGCCUACGGCGAAUUCGAACUCCUACAACCAUGGAAAUUAUAGCGCACCUCCUCCCCCGCCCUCCGGACCCCAACAUUUCGGUGACGGCGCUCCUCACAACUACGCGUUUCAGUAUAGUAACUGUACCGGUCGAAGGAAAGCUCUACUAGUUGGUAUAAACUACUUUGGCCAGCGUGGUCAACUUCGGGGGUGUAUCAAUGAUGUCAGAAACAUGUCGCAAUACCUUGUUGAGCACUUUGGCUAUAAGCGAGAAGAUAUGGUCAUUCUUACUGAUGACCAACAAAACCCAAUGAGCCAGCCGUCAAAGCAAAACAUUCUACGAGCCAUGCAUUGGCUCGUGAAGGAUGCGCGGCCCAAUGACUCGCUAUUCUUCCACUAUUCGGGACAUGGCGGUCAAACCAAGGAUCUGGAUGGCGACGAACCCGAUGGCUACGAUGAAGUUAUAUACCCUGUUGAUUUCCGGCACACUGGUCAUAUUACCGACGACGAGAUGCACCGUAUCAUGGUUAAGCCGCUGCAAUCGGGAGUCCGGUUAACGGCCAUUUUCGAUUCAUGCCAUUCCGGUACCGCGCUCGACCUCCCGUAUAUUUACUCCACCCAAGGUAUUCUCAAGGAACCAAACUUGGCCAAGGAAGCUGGCCAGGGCCUUCUGGGUGUCAUAUCUUCCUACAGUCAAGGCGAUCUUGGAGGCGUUGCGAACAACAUUAUGGGCUUCUUCAAAAAGGCCACCAGCGGAGAGGACGCGCACCACAGGGCCAUGGCGACCAAGACCUCGGCAGCAGACGUUAUUAUGCUUUCCGGAAGCAAAGAUGACCAAACUUCGGCCGAUGCAACAAUUGCUUCUCAGGCUACCGGUGCCAUGUCGUGGGCCUUUAUUACCGCCCUAAAGAAGAAUCCUCAGCAAAGCUAUGUACAACUGCUCAACAGCAUCCGGGAUGAAUUAUCCACGCGGUACACCCAGAAACCUCAGCUCUCGUGCAGCCACCCCCUGAAUACUAACUUGCUGUUUGUGAUGUGACAAGACGGAACGGGACGUUGACGAACGUCUCCUGAGCGGACAUCGAAAUGAGAUGAAAUUAUGCAUGGGGGGUUUUCUGACGUGUAAUUACGAUUUUGUUUGCGUUGCGUUCUUCUAUAUACUACUACUAUGUAGUUACUGCGUUCACGGUUCUGGUAUAGCAUUCUAGGCUCUUGGGGGAAAGGGUCGUUUCUUCUUACUCGCUCUUCAUUUUUAUGACAUGAGGCUCUACAAAAAGAGGGAGAACUGAAUUGGGUUACGUGGGUGUUCUUGGUUGCCUAUCCUUUUUUUUUUUUUUUUUUUUUAAUGAAGCUGCCGAAAUAUGUUCUAUCGCCUAGGUACUUUGCUGAAUUGAUACCUGCGGUUGUAUGCAUCUCUGGGAUUUAUGAUGUAUACGAUGUAGGUUGGAAUUUGGGCUCAAUGGUAACCUGUUUAUUGAGUCGCGAAAUUGUCAUCUUAUACGGAUGACAGGGGCUCUGCGAUGGGGAAGAAAGAGAAUAGCUUUUACUAGCUAGCUUAUAGUGGUUAAAUUGACUCUAGUGGUUGGUUAUUAUCGGGAAUAGACAUAGACAUAGAUCCCCUUGCUACAUGUAUACACACAGUCUAAACAGGACUUUAAAUGCUCAACGUUCUCGCCCAUUAUCGUACGCCGAAUCUUGUCCGAGUUAUAUAGGUUUACUUCUUAUUAUGUUGGGGAGAGUACUAUACAUGCAUAC